AUGCCGCCCUUAUCAGCGGUUACCACCGUCGACGAGAUCGAAGACGUCGCCAAAGACGUCGCCAAUGACACUGCCAAUGACACCGCGAAAGACGACAGCGCGAAAGACCGCGCCGACACCGCCGCCGGAGGGCGCAAAGGCCCGUCCGGCGCGUAUGUUCAGCUCCCCCGCCUCCGCUUCUGGGGCGUCAUCGUGUCCCUCAUGAUCAACAUCUUCCUCUUCGCCCUCGACCAGCUGAUUAUCGCGACGGCGAUUCCGAAGAUUACGAGCCAGUUUGAUGCGCUCAGCAAGCUGACAUGGUUGGCGAACGGGUUUUUCCUUCCCCUCUUCGCCCUCAACCUCCUCUACGCGCAAUUCCUCCAGAUUUUCCCCUCGAAACACGUCAUCCUCUUCGCCGUCUUCAUCUUCGAGGUCGGCUCGCUCGUCUGCGCCGUCGCGCCGAGCAUGAACGUACUCAUCUUGGGGCGCGCGAUCGCGGGCGCCGGUUCGGCAGGCAUCUUCAGCGGUGCGAUGGUGAUCGUUGCGGAAAUCACCCCGUUGCACUCGCGCGCGCAAUACAUGGCACUGAUCGGGAUCUGCUUUGCGCUGGCGUCCGUCAUCGGUCCGCUCGUCGGCGGCGCGUUCGCCGACCACGUAUCCUGGCGCUGGUGCUUCUACAUCAACCUCCCGCUCGGCGGCGUCGCGCUGCUCCUGCAGGCGGUGGUGCAGCCCGCGCGGGCGCCGAUGGGCCGCAAGGCAAGCUACAAAGGCUACGGGGGCGACAUGGUGCGGCAGCUCGUGCGUUGCGAUUGGGGCGGCGUGCUGCUCGCCAUGGGGUGGGCGUGCGCGUUCAUCCUCGGCCUGCAGUGGGGCGGGAUUACGCGCGCGUGGUCUGACCCGGCCGUCGUCGCGUGUCUCGUCCUCGCCGCCGUCCUCGUCCCUAUUUUUCUCGGCUACGAGGCGUGGCUUGGGCCCCAGCGCCAAAUGCUCCGCUUGGACCUGUUGCGCCGGCGCAACAUCGCCGGCGCGACGGUCGUCGUCUUCUUCCUCUUCUUCGUGUUCAUGAUCGACGUAUAUUACCUCUCGCUGGCGCUGCAAACGCAGUGGCGGUUCUCCGCGACGGGCGCCGGCGUCCGCCUCCUCCCGCUAAUCCUCACGCAGAUCGUAGUCAUGAUCAUCACGUCCCGGAUCAUCCCUUUAGUCGGGUACAUCAAAUGGGCGAUCGUCGCCGGGCCGGCGCUCAUAGCCCUCGGCUCCGGCCUGCUGUACACGGUCGACACCCACACGCCCCUCUCCCGCCUGUACGGCUUCCAAAUCAUCAUCGGCGCGGGCAUCGGCCUCGCGCUCCAAAACACCAUGGUCAGCAUCCAAUUCGACCUGCGCACCGAGCCCAGCCUCAUCGCCAUGGGCAUGGGGGCGGGCACGUUCCUGGGCUUUGCGGGCCGCAUCGCGGGCCUCUCCCUCGCCGGCUCCGUAUUCGGGAACAUGAUCCAAGCCAAUUUACGCCGCUACGCACCCACGCUCCCGCCGCACCUCGUGCGCGCGCUCACGAGCGACGCCGGCGCGCUAUGGGCCCUCCCGCCCGAGAUGAGGCCGGGCGCGCUGCGCGCGUACGCGCACACCGUGCGCGUCGUGUUCCUCAUCGGCGUGCCGGGGAGCAUUUUGGCGCUCGCCGGCGCCGUGUGUGUCCGCAACGCCAAGAUGCCGAGUAAGGCGGAGGAGGCGGAGCGUAUGCGCAAGCUCCGCGCGGCGGAGGAUGCGGCCGCCGCGCAGCACCAGAAGGAGGAGGCGGGGGCAGAGGGGCCAAAGGGCGAGGUGUAG